UACUACUUUUGUUUUUGAAGACGCCUGAAAUUCGUUGACUAUCCAAACUGCAGCUAUUUAAAUCAUACAACCACAUGUGAAAGUAAUGAGUUGUGUUCUUAAGAUAUUCGAGUAACUAUCGGAAAGGACUUUCAACAGUCAACAAAAAUAUUCGAGCGACUAUCGGAAAGGACUUGCUUUCAAGCGUUAACAAAGACUCAAGAUGGAUGCAGUCUCAGGGAAAAUGGCACCCAUGGGAACAGGAUCGGUCUCUGACCAUACUUUCUGCCAGCCAUGCGCGAACGAUGACAAGACCAUCCCUUCUGAUGUCUUCUGUACCGUCUGCAAGGAGUUCCUGUGUUCCAACUGUGCCCGAGUACACAGGAACAUGAAGUUUACCAAAAGCCACCCUCUUCAGGACAAGAGUACCAUGCCUUCUUCACUCCAACCAGAGAGUGAGAAUAAGCAUUUUACGGAAACAUGUCAACGCCAUGCCGAAGAGUUCAUAAAAUACUUUUGUCCGAAUCACGAGACACUUCUGUGUGGAGACUGCUUGGCUGAGAAAGAACACAGCUCAUGCACUAUUGAAAGGAUUUCUCAAGUGGCAAAGCGGUACAAGGAGGGCCCAAAAUACAACGGUCUGAAGGCAGGACUUGUCCAGGUGGUCAAUGACAUCGGCAACCUUUCAGACAACAUACAAGCGAGCAUGAAAUAUAUUGAUGAAGAGAGCUUUACAAAUAUCAAUGCACUUCGAAAGUUCAGGAAUGAUAUCAACCAAUACCUGGAUAAGAGGGAACAAGAGUUACUGGAAGAAAUUGAGCAGAAGAAACAAAAAUCACAAAGCCUGUUGAGUGAACUAAAAUCAAAUUGCCAAGACAUACAAGCUGCCACUGAGAAGCUCAAGGCUGAGCUACAAGCCAAGGAGGUCAACAGUAACCAGUUGUUCAUAUCUGGAACAAGGGCAAUUAAGGAGUUAGUCGGUUUUCAGUCAGCCCUUAAAGACAUCAGAGGUAAAAAUAGUGUGUCAUACUUCAAGUUCACAAGGGACCCCACCACAGAACAGCUGCUGGCUUCAUGCACAGCAAUUGGCAGAGUGGACCAGGUGGCGUCAGAUUUGGCAGACCAGGUGGCGUCAGAUCUGGCAGACCAGGUGGCGUCAGAUCUGGCAGACCAGCAGACAAAACCUCAGGUGUCAGCCUUAAACCAGAGCCGUUCAGACCUAAGCCAGUCCCAGUUUAGUAAGCUGCCUGACGUCCCACUAAAGGCAUCAAAUGGCACCCGUGACUGCUACCUGUUCAGUGUGGCCCUCCUGCCAGGGGACAGGCUACUGCUUUCUGAUUACUACAAUCGCUCAUUAAAGCUGGUUGACACCAAAAAUAACAAGCUGGUGUCCGAGGUUGAACUGCCAGGUAUGCCCUGGGACCUGUGUCUCCUGCCCGGGGACAGGGCAGCCGUCACUCUGCCUUGGGAGAAGAAGAUACAGUUCGUUUCUACUCAGAAAAAUGUCACGCUACAGGAAGUCGUUAAAGUAGAUGGACAAUGCUUUGGAAUAGAUUUCUGUGAUGACAACUUGAUAGUGUCCUUCGGCCACCCAGGUAAGGUUGUGUUGAUGGACAUGAAGGGAAAAGUGAAGAAGAGUGUUGACAAAGACAGCAGUGGAAAACCUUUGUUUCAGGAUCCCAGGUAUCUGACAGUGACCAGGGAGAGCCGAACUCCCGUCAUAUAUGUAUCAGACAUGGACAUUAACACCAUAACCAAGCUGAGCAUGUCACUAGAGGUGCUCCAGUCCUAUCAAGACCCGAUACUGAGAUCACCACAUGGUCUAACAGCCGUCGCAGACAACCAGCUGCUCGUGUGUGGGGAGGCCAGUCACAACAUCUUGUUUCUGGACACGCACACCGGCAGGAUAACCCAACUGCUUGGGAAGGAUGAAGGGAUAGAGUCGCCGUACAGUGUGGCUUACUGUCCACAAAAGAAAAUGGUGUUUGUAACAUGCUGCAAUGGCAGAAUACCUAAAUUGGACAACUUCGUGAAAGUCUUCAAAGUUGUGUAACAAUUGAAGUUAUUCAUUUCAAAUAUUGUAUAAUUAUAUCUUUUCGAAAAUUCAAACGUUUUCAAAUUUUAAAGGUGUAUUUUAAUAAUGAAAUAAUGGUAAUUCUGUUAUAUUUAAUCUGCCAAAACGUGUGGCUUACUGUUCACAGAAAAAUAUGAUGUUUGUCACCCGCAGUCAUCGCAAUAGACCUGAACUUGAAAAUUUCGUGAAAAUAUUCAUCUUAGUACAGGUUAUUAUCAAGUCGUCAUCUAAAUGCAAAUGUAAUCUAUAUACCCUGUGUGAACUUAUUGUAGCAAUGCAAUGUAUCGUACACUACUGACAAAUAUGUUCAUAAAUUCUGUAUAUAUUCUAAUCAAAUCCACGUUGAAAGGUUUGACUGAAUGUUUGACGUUUGAAUUAUGUUGGCUUUUAAUCGUUUUCAAAAGCGGCAACUCGUGUUAUAUUCUGUUAUAAGAAAUGAGUAUUUGUAUUGUAUUUUUAGUUGAGGAGUAAGUAGCUGAUUGUGUAUGAAAUAUACCCACAAAAUGGCUUCUUUCCGCAUGAGAAUGAAUUAAGACAUUAUUUUACAGUCGCCAAAUUUGAUUUUUAGCAAAAAAUGAAUUCACGUGCGAACGGUCUACGGCCCUCAAAAUGAUAAUCGAUAAUCGACCGGGGCCGCAAAACUGAUAAUCGCUGAGUCAUGCAAAACCCUUAAGUGAUUAUAUUGAAAUUUCACGUACCUAUCCUCAUACAUUGCUUGAAUAAUUUAUAAACAUUGACCUAAGUGUGAUUGUUUUCACAAAUAUGAUAAUAAUAUUUAUACAGACAUUUACUAAUGUGCCACUUGUUUCCUUAUAAUGAUUAAUCAAAUUAUACUAGAUGCCAAACGACUGUGUAAA